GGCGCCGUGCGAGGUAAAGGGAAGCGGUGAGGCGGCGAGCAGGGCAGUCGGCGCCGAGGCACCGAGCGGACGCAAACUUCCCCGAGCAAGAGGUCGGUGCCCGGGGUCUUCGGCAGCCCGACCCGACCUCGCCGCGGGACGGGGAGAGCCGGUCGGCCGCGGCUCGGGAAGCGGGGUCCACGCCGGCUGCCUGCGGAUUUGGGUCCAGAGCCACGGAUGUGAAAUACACGCUGCCUACACGAGACGUGUACACGAGCGAGUUAAGAUUAGUGGUUUUCUUCAUGGUGCUAGUUUUAAUGCUGUAGCUAUCUGUGUGUUGCGAGAUGUAAACAAAUGUCGUCUGUUGAGAGCUUCGUCUAGCUAGAUAAGCGCACGGGAGAAGCUGUGUGUGACAAAUGCAAGUAGUUGGGGGUACUGCAGAGUUGUAGAGUUCCUAUGUGUAAUUUUCUUGUGGGGAGUGGAGGGGAAGAGAAAAAGCAUGACUUUAUCUCUUAGUCUUCACUCUGGGGAAGUAAAAGAAGGGGGGAAAAAAAACCCCAACAAGUGGGUGAGUGAACAGCCAGUGUGAUAGUCUUGGAGAGCUGUUAAUUGAACAGCUGGGAUUCAGACUGCAGCCUAGUCUCAUGCUUUGGUUGUCUGCCACAGUUUUUGACCAAACAGCCCCCGAAUUCCAACACACGUGUGCCGUAGUCUUUACAAACACAUAGCAGUAAGAAAAAGUGAAUUUACCAAAGGAGUAUUGCUGAAAAUGCUGUUGGUAAAUGCUGCAACCUGUGAAUGUUGUGUGCAAAGCUCAUGUUAUCACAGUUAUAAAAGAGCCAGAUUCCAUCUGUAGCAAGGAGUUUGUAAUGACAGCUUAUUAGGAGACUGCACAUAACAGCAGGUUUGUCUGUUCUCAAGUGUUCCUCUCUUAGCCUGGAGAACUGUACUUUCAAGACUGAUUCAUGACAUUAUUUCUGUGGGGGUUGGACUCUGUAGUGAGAGACUGAUCAGUCUUUGCUCUGUUCUUCAGGCUGAAAAAAAAAGGCUUUUCGCCUCUUGUUAAGGCAAAAAGCUUCUUUGAGCAGAACAGGGUUGCUGUUUAGACUUUUGCACUGUUGGAGCAGGUUAUUUGGGUGCUGUUCUAAGGUGUAGCUUUAAAACGUUAACAUUUACAAUCUCUAGUGAAUUAGAGGGGAAUGAGAAUGUAGGUAAAGAGGAGGUUUUUGAAGUCCCUUCCCCCGUUUGCUUAGCACUAUGAUGAUGAAAGAUAACAUUAGUUACAAAUGCCUUCAGAAAGAGGAAGGGGAGGAUCUCUUUUAAGGUGGUUUAAACUUAUCUCAAAGCUGAGUCUAAGUGCAUAUUUAACAGUAUAUUGGGAUGUUUAACAGAGUAACCUGCUAGUUUGUUGUUAUUCUGCAGUUGUGUGGGUCAGACUCGGACUACACUGGCAUUCACCAAAAAGAACAAGUGUUUGAAGAUCCAGUUUUCUUUCUGGAAGAAGCUGGGGAUCAGACGGGAAUCUCUUGCUCGCUGAGUGUCCUGUCUGGUGGAAGCCAUGUCAUCCAUAUUGCCAUUCACUCCACCAGUUGUGAAGAGACUUCUGGGAUGGAAAAAAUCUGCUGGUAGCUCUGGAGGGGCUGGUGGUGGUGAGCAGAAUGGUCAGGAGGAAAAGUGGUGUGAAAAAGCAGUGAAAAGCUUGGUCAAGAAGCUCAAGAAAACAGGACAGCUAGAUGAGCUGGAGAAGGCCAUUACCACCCAGAAUUGCAAUACAAAAUGUGUGACAAUACCAAGCACUUGCUCUGAAAUUUGGGGACUGAGUACACCAAACACGAUAGAUCAGUGGGAUACAGCAGGCCUUUACAGCUUCUGUGAACAAACCAGAUCCCUCGAUGGCCGUCUGCAGGUAUCUCAUCGUAAAGGAUUACCGCAUGUUAUUUACUGUCGCUUGUGGCGCUGGCCAGAUCUUCACAGCCACCAUGAACUUAAAGCAAUUGAAAACUGUGAAUAUGCUUUUAAUCUUAAAAAGGAUGAAGUAUGUGUAAACCCUUAUCACUACCAGAGAGUGGAGACACCAGUUUUGCCUCCCGUGCUAGUGCCGCGGCACACUGAGAUUUUGACGGAGCUUCCGCCUCUUGACGACUAUACCCAUUCCAUUCCUGAAAACACUAACUUUCCAGCUGGAAUUGAGCCACAGACCAGUUACAUACCAGAAACACCACCUCCAGGAUAUAUUAGUGAAGAUGGAGAAACAAGUGACCAGCAGUUGAACCAAAGCAUGGAUACAGGAUCUCCAGCAGAGCUGUCUCCUAGUACUCUUUCUCCAGUUAAUCAUAGCCUGGACUUGCAGCCAGUUACUUACUCGGAGCCUGCGUUUUGGUGUUCAAUAGCAUAUUAUGAAUUGAAUCAAAGAGUGGGAGAAACCUUCCAUGCAUCACAGCCUUCCCUGACCGUAGAUGGCUUUACAGAUCCAUCAAAUUCAGAGCGAUUUUGUCUAGGUCUGCUUUCCAAUGUGAACCGAAAUGCUACAGUGGAAAUGACAAGGCGUCAUAUAGGCCGGGGAGUGCGUCUCUAUUACAUUGGUGGAGAAGUUUUUGCGGAGUGCCUAAGCGAUAGCGCGAUUUUCGUUCAGAGCCCCAACUGUAAUCAAAGAUAUGGCUGGCAUCCUGCAACUGUGUGCAAAAUUCCUCCAGGAUGCAAUCUGAAGAUCUUCAAUAACCAAGAAUUUGCUGCUCUUCUGGCUCAAUCUGUGAAUCAGGGUUUUGAAGCAGUUUACCAGCUUACUAGAAUGUGUACCAUUAGAAUGAGUUUUGUUAAAGGAUGGGGAGCCGAAUACCGGCGGCAGACAGUAACAAGCACUCCUUGCUGGAUUGAGCUUCACCUGAAUGGACCUCUACAAUGGUUGGACAAAGUGUUGACUCAGAUGGGCUCCCCUUCAGUACGCUGCUCCAGCAUGUCAUAAAACUCCUUCCUCCUUUAUCAGUGGGCUAAAUACUGAGUCCAAUCAACAGACUUAAUAUAACUGCUCUUCUGUCGUAGUAGUUGUGUGUGGUCCUCAUGAACUCUUUACUAUCCAUAAAAGAAGGUUUCUAAAAAAAAGAAAAAAACCCCAAAAAAACCCCAAAACCAAACAAAAAACCCACAAAAAAAAAAAAAAAAAAAAUAAAAAAAGCCAAAAAAACCCGAAAAACACAAAAAACCACACAAAAAAAAAAAACAACAAAAACAGCACUUGAGGUCUCAUCAGUUAAAGCACCUUGUUGAUUCUGUUUCCUAUACUCUGAUACUAGAUGAGAAUUUAGUGUAUAGAAAUGCCUUCAGAAAGAAGGGGCAGUUCUAAAGACUCUUAAUGGUGUUUUUAUUGGGUAUAUAAUUGAGUGUCCUAAUGGUUUAUCAAUAACAUGAAUAGCUAAGUAUAUGUACAUGAUCUCAAAUAUCACACUAUUGUGCUGUUCUACAUUUUAGUUCUCAUAAAUAGUAGUUUGGAUUUUUUGUCUGGGGGGCAAAUCUCUCAUGAAAUUCCAAGACUCUACUCCUUUCUUCUUUUAUAUUUUUUAUAUAAGCAGGUUUUCAAGUUGUCCUAAACAUUAAAAAAACAGACUUUCCUUGUAGAAAAGCUUAACUUUUUUGCUGCCUUCUUAAAGAAAAUCCCUCCAUUGGAAGGGAAAGAAAUGUCUUGAGAUUCAUCUGCAAAAUCUUAAGGCACUUUAUAUACUUAAUGGGGCCUAAAAUGAAUUCAUAUUAUAAAUUCUGACUGUCCAUCUCACUAGGAGUCUACUUCUCUCUACUCAUCUGCGUUGAUGCAUCUAUUGCCAACAGUAUUGCUGUACUGAUGUAAUUUGGAACUUUUUUUUCUACCUUGAAUCAUAGAAUCAUAGAGUCAUAGAAUCAUAGAAUGGUUAGGGUUGGAAAGGACCUUACGAUCAUGUUGUUCAGAUCCCCUGCCAUAGGCAGGAACGCCUCACACUAAGCCAUGUCACUCAAGGCCCAUGUCAUCCAGCCUGGCCUUGAACACUGCCAGGGGUGGAGCAUUUACCACUUCUUUGGGCAAACUGUGCCAAUGCCUCACCACCCUCACAGUAAAGAUUCAUUAAAAUCAGUGUGUGUUUUCCUCAUAGAAUAAGAUUUUUACUGUAGCAUUGGACACUGGAUUAAGUACACAAGGUGGUUGGCUCACUCCUUACAUGUAUAUUUUUUUCAUUAAACAUUUUUAGUUUUUGAAGCCAAAUACCUUGAAAAAAUCCUUUCCCAGGGUAAGCUAAACUCUUUCGUAUAAGUUUUAAAUAGAUGCAGCUUCUUAACAUAUUUCAGUAACAGAAUUUAAAUUUUUGAUCCGUGUGGCUUUGUUUAGCUUACUUACAUACCUGAACAUACGCAUUCAUUAAGUCAUAAUGGGCCUUGUUAUUAAAAGUAGUUGCUUCUGCAAAACCUCUAGGAUAGUGGUUGCUGAGGUAUGAGCAGCGAAGGAGGACUUCCAGGUUCCUCAUGACAGUGCAUGUUAUUGUCAACCCUUGGACACUACAGCUGCACCAUACUAAAAAUAUUCUGAAAUAUAUUCUACAAAUAAGUCUUUUGGGGAAGGGUUGGGAAACUGUAUAGAAGGGUUAUUCUGACUUGAAAAAUAUACAUCUUACUAACAAUCUUGUGAUCUAGCUGUCUGUCAUUCUUUUGUUAUUGUGGCAGUAGCGGGAUUGCCUUUGUCUGUUUUUCCCAUUGUUUCAUCCAUUGCACUAGCACUGUACUCUGCAAGUACAGCUAGUCAUAACUUCAGCUUUGAGAACAAAAAUGUGGCCAGUGUUACAGCUUUUAAUCAGUUGACUGAAUUGAUGAUAGUGAUGGAUAUUUUUAUGCCAUAAAGACGAGGACAUCGAAGCAAUACCAAAAAUCAAGCCUUGAAAAAGUGGGCCAGACACCUUUAAAAAAAAUAAUGGCAAAGCAGUUACCAGUUUGUGCUAGUUUUACCAGUAGACUAAUGUAUUGGUAGAACUUGUGAACCUAAGAAAUAAGCUUCAUGCGUGUUGCGUUUGCCUAAUAUGUGAACACACUAAUAAAAGUUUUAAUUCUCACAA